CCCCCCCCCCUUGUAAUGUGUAGCUUCAUGUCAUAAUCAGAUGGAGAAGGGAAGAGGUUCUCCAGCCCAGAUGGAAAUUGUUUUGGAGCCCGAAGUGAAGACGGAGGAGCCAGACCCACCCAGCCCUGAAGGAGGAGGAGAGCCCAAUGAAAUGUGGGGCAGGAGAAGUCUUGAAUUCCAGGAAGAAAUGGGUCAGGAUGCUCUGAAUAGGAAGGCGGUCAAUUCAGGUGUUGUCUGUCAGAUCUUCCGGCGUGUCCGUUUCCAGGAGAACAAGAGCCCUCGAGAGCUUUGCAGCCAACUCCACGCUCUCUGCUGUCUGUGGCUGAAGCCAGAGAAACACACCAAGGCGGAGAUGCUGGACCUGGUGCUCCUGGAGCAGUUUCUGGCUGUCCUUCCUCCGGAGAUGGAAAGAUGGGUGCGGGAAAGUGGACCGGAGACCAGUUCCCAGGCGGUGGCUUUAGCUGAAGGCUUCCUCCUGAGUCGGGCAGAAGAGGAGAAGGCGCUGCAGGACGAGAAACAGGAGAGACAGAUCCUUCAGGCCCAGGAGGUCCCAUUGGAGACCAGUCAGAACUUCCCUACCAAGUGGAUCAAGCUGGAGGAGGACAAUGGGACUGUUUCACCAGGAGAUGGGCCAAGGGUGCUGCAAAGACAUAAUAACACGUCUCUUCCUGAUGCAGGAGAAAUGGCCUCUGUACAACAGGAUCAGGUCCGCCAAACCAUGGGUCCGAAGAAAGUGCGUGCCAAGAAGAAAAGGAUGAUGUGCUUGGAUAUAAAGCACGAAAUCAUCAAAAAACACGAGCAAGGUGUGCGUGUUGUCGACUUGGCGAGGCAGUACAAUCGUAGUCCUUCGAUGAUAUGUACGAUUUUGAAGCAGAAGGAGUCGAUAAAGGCUACAACACCAGCCAAAGGCAUUACGAUUAUUUCAAAGCUCCGGUCCCCUGUCCACGGAGAGAUGGAGGAGUUGUUGUUGGCGUGGUUGACGGAGAAGCAGCUCGCAGGAGAUACGGUGACCGAGAGCAUCAUCUGCGAGAAGGCGCGAGCCAUUUACGGGGAUUUAGCACGUCGGACGCCAGGAACAUCAAUGGACGAGGCAUCGGAAGAGUCAUUCAAAGCCAGUCGGGGAUGGUUGAAUAAUUUUAAAAAGAGGACCGGCAUUCACUCCGUUGUCGUCAGGCGUGAAAAGAAACACCCCGAAAGAGUUGCAACAAGUCGUGCGUUGGCGCUGUGUGACGACAAUUGCCCCACUCAUUUUAGAAACACUUUGAAAGGGAGGAAGAAAUGAACCUCCUUGGACAGGUUUUUACUGAAACGCCCUGCAAGUGAAAGCAAGGAAAGUGGCAAAAAAGGCAAAUCUCAGUGGUGAAGAAGAAGAUGAUUAAGUGAAGACUGAUCUUGAAGGAAAAUACAUAUUCUACACUUAAUAAAUCCAGUUUAUUUA